GGGGAGCAGCCGACGCGCGGCUCCGCCUUCCAGCCCCAUGGCCCCUGAGCCGCAGGCCGCGGCGCUGCGCAGCGCCGGCAACGAGCAGUUCCGCAGCGGGCAGUACGGGCAGGCGGCCGCGCUCUACAGCCGCGCGCUGGCGCUGCUCGAGGCAGCAGAGGAGAAGGAUGCUGAGGAAAUGAGUGUCCUCCAUUCAAAUCGAGCUGCCUGCUAUCUGAAGGAUGGGAAUUGUAGCCUCUGUGUUAAGGACUGUACUGUAGCACUGGACCUUGUUCCUUUUGGAAUCAAACCUCUGUUGAGGCGGGCAGCAGCCUAUGAGGCUCUUGAGAGAUACCAGCUAGCCUAUGUGGACUACAAGACUGUAUUGCAGAUUGACUGCACUGUACAGGCUGCACAUGAUGGUGUCAACAGAAUGACAAAAGCUCUAUUGGAGAAGGAUGGCCCUGAGUGGCGCCAGAAGCUCCCACGAAUCCCUUCAGUUCCUGUUUCUGCUCAGAGAAGAUGGGACUUUCCUCGUGCAGAAAGCCAAAAGGCUGCCCUGAGAACCAAACUAAAUGAGACUGCACCUGUAGGAAAAGAGGUGCCUACAGCUGCUGCCACUGAAAGAGCAAAAACUUUGAAGGAAGAAGGAAAUGAACUUGUGCGGAAAGGAAACCAUAAGAAAGCUAUUGAAAAGUACAGAGAGAGUCUCAGACUAAACCAGGAAUCUUCUACUUAUACCAACAGAGCUCUUUGUUACCUGUCUCUGAAGCAAUACAAGGAAACAAUCCAAGACUGCACAGAAGCUCUGAAGUUAGAUGCUAGGAAUAUUAAAGCAUUCUACAGACGUGCUCAGGCAUUUAAGGAACUAAAGGAUUACAAGUCAAGUAUUGCUGAUGUUAGCAGCCUUCUGAAAAUUGAACCAAAGAACACAGCUGCACAGAAGCUACUGAAAGAACUGAACAGAGUUUAAUAUAACACAGGAAGUAUAGAAUUAGUCUGUUUUAUGCUGCAGAAGAUGGGCUUUCCUUUUAAUAGUUACAGGGACCAAUCUUAAUGCAGGAGUAGCACUGAAAGACGCCCCUAAGACUUGCUGAGGAUCAACUGGUUCUCUGCCACUUGGUUAAAUGUAUAUUGGAAGAUGCAUACUAUCUAUGCCAAAACAGAUUAUUUCCCUGUAAGAUCAUUAGUUUUAAAUGACCCUCUCUCUCUGAGAGUUGCAGGCUACUUUCCUAAACCUAGGAUAUUUCCUCAUAAUCUAAGUUAGUCUGCAAAGAGUCUUGUAGGGCUGUUGCUUCUCUUGCUUUUACCAGAGUGGGGGAUAUUUUCAAUAGCUGUAAGAUGAGUUUUGUCAAUACACACUCAUAGGCUGGAGAGAAACAGGUGAUACAGAGCUGCUAUGCUUACUGCCUCUGGUUGUUUCAGCAAGCCACCUGGAAGGGUUGACAGUAGAGGAACAAAAGGCAGGGCCUCCUCAGCAGGCAGCAGACUUAUUACAAUUAUCCUGACACCUGAUUACCACUAAAGUUGCAUCUGGUGCAUUUCCUGGCUUAGGUGAUGCCUGCUGGCCUCUACUUAAACUUGUGCUGUUUGCAGCAACUCAUGGCAUUUACCUCAUAAAGCAGCCAUCAAGCACUGCAAUAGCCUUGUUGCUGUAUUUGUGGGCUGUCUUCAAUGCACUGCUCAAGUUUGGAUUUUAGCUGCUACUUUGAGGUUUCACAACUUCUUCCUCUCUAAAGUUUAGCUUGUUUUGUGCCUUUCUGACCAGCUGCUAUUAAGAAUUUGACAGGGAAGAGGGGUACAGGAGUAUCCUAUAUGAGGCCUGUACUGUAAAAAAUCUACCUUGCAGCUUCCAACCUAUAUGCAUGUUAUGCUGUUUGAUUCUUCCCAUGUGGCACAGGCAGCAGUGACAUAGAUGGUGGAUUAAAGAUAACUAUUCUGGACUGGUGAUGGAGUUGUCUUAAAAAUUAAAUAGGUAGGAUUUGUUUGGUAAUGUACUGUAUGAACAAUACAACUUUCAUUAAAACCCAAACUAUUUUGA